AUGGAAAGUAUCUCAAACCAAAGUGACUUUUGGCAAUUCAACGAAUCCUGGCGGAACUCAACUCUCGUUAAUGGGACAGUUGGGCUGAAUCAGACGAACCCCUUGAAGCGGAAUGAAGAAGUGGCGAAGGUGGAGGUGACGGUACUUGCUCUGGUUCUGUUUCUUGCGCUGGCGGGGAACCUGUGCGUCCUUCUGGCCAUACAUACCACCAAACACAGCCAGUCUCGCAUGUAUUACUUUAUGAAGCACCUGAGCAUCGCCGAUCUAGUUGUGGCGAUAUUUCAAGUUCUUCCCCAACUUAUCUGGGACAUAACAUUUCGAUUUUAUGGACCGGACAUUUUAUGCAGAUUGGUGAAAUACCUGCAAGUCGUUGGGAUGUUCGCCUCCACUUACAUGUUAGUUUUGAUGUCCGUAGACAGGUGUUUGGCUAUUUGUCAGCCUCUCCGUUCGUUGCACAGGAGAAAAGACCGUUUCUAUGUCAUAUUUUCCUGGGUCCUGAGCCUGCUCUUCAGUAUCCCGCAGAUGUUCAUCUUUUCCCUGAGAGAGGUUGGGUCGGCCGGAUCAGGAGUGUAUGACUGCUGGGGCGACUUCGUAAUGCCUUGGGGAGCCAAAGCUUACAUCACAUGGAUCAGUCUCACCAUAUACAUCAUUCCAGUGGCCAUACUGAGCAUUUGUUAUGGGUUGAUAAGCUUCAAAAUAUGGCAAAACUUUAAACUUAAAACCAGGCGUGAGCAGUGCAUAAGCCUGACGCCCAAAACCUCCAAAGCCAACACGCUGGCCCGUGUGAGUAGCGUUAAGCUCAUCUCUAAGGCGAAGAUAACCACAGUGAAAAUGACUUUCGUCAUAGUCGUGGCUUAUAUCGUCUGCUGGACCCCUUUUUUCUCUGUUCAGAUGUGGUCUGCGUGGGAUCCAGCAGCGCCCCGUGAGGCUAUGCCCUUCAUCAUCUCCAUGCUGCUGGCCAGCCUCAACAGCUGCUGCAACCCCUGGAUCUACAUGUGCUUUGCUGGGCAUCUGUUCCAGGAUCUCAGGCAGAACUUUCUGUGCUGUUCUGCACGCUACCUCAAAUCAUCCCAGUGCCGCUGUGAGCGUGACUUUGACUCCAGUCACAAGAGCAACUCCUCAACGUUCGCCAUUAAAAGCACUAGCAGUCAGAGAAGUAUCACACAGACUUCUACCACAUGAGCA